AUGAAUUAAAAAGACAUAGCAAAAGAAGUCUUAGCUGUUUCUUUACAUAUUGCAGACGCUGAUAAAUUUAAUUUUGAGGAUUCUAAAAAAAGAAUGCAAUUAUUAACAGAAUCUGUAUUAAAAACAAGUAUUAUUUUGAUCUUGAGAAUAGAUUUAUUGAGAUAAAAACCUAAUAAAAAUUGCAAUUAAACAGUUGAUUUAGAGUUUUAAUAAAUUGAUAAUUUAAAAGAUCUACUGCCUCAUUUGGCAGAAUGCAGCAAUUUACGUGAAGUAUUAUGAUAAUGCAUCAAUCAAGUUAAUAUUGCAUGGUAAUCGUUUACAUACCUUACCUGAAGAUCUUUCUACAUUGAGUACUGUUGAAACUUUAGAUAUUUCCAAUAAUCUUUUUGAUGAUGUAAUUACUUUUACAUUUUAUAGAUUAUUCCUAUCAUCAAUGCUUUAAAAACUAUGCCUAAAUUAGUUCAUCUUCAUAUCGGAUUAAAAAAUAUUAAUGAAGAAAAAUUUGUAAUCCAAUAAUUACCAAAUCUUAUUACAUUAAAUAAUAGAAGACUCAAAUUCUUUGAUCAAUUAGAUAGUGAUAGACCUUCUGAUAGACAAUCAGUUAGAUCUGAAAAAUCUUAUUAAAGUGAAAUCACUUUCAAUUAAGAAGAUGUAGAUAAUGUCGAAGUACUUAUUUAUCUAAUUAAGUUAAAAGAAUCUUUUUAAUCAAAUUUGUAAUAUAUAAAAUAAUUAAAAUCAAUCAAAAAUCAACUCUCCUUAAUUGUCUGAUCAUGUCAAAGAUGUUAUGAUUGAUUUUCAAAACAAAGUCUAAUAAACUCAUUCCAAACAUUUUCUUGAUACACAUAUACUUAGAGUAAAUAUUCAAUUUCUAAUUAGGCUAAAUAUGAUUUAUAUGAAAUCUGUUUUAGAGAAUUAAUAGAAUAUUUUAGGAAUAACAAUAAUAAACUUGAAGAAGUCUUAAGAACAUUGUAAUUAGAACAUUCCAAUAUUUUCAAUGACUUAACUAAUAUCAUUUACAAUCUUAGAGAUUAUAAAAAAAUAUAAAAAGAACAUUAAGAACUUGAUUAAUUCAUUUUAAAUAGUGAUUUUGUCAAAUCAUUAAAUAAAGAAAUUCAACUAUUUAAAGAAGAUUUUGAUCGACUAUUAGCUGAAAAAAAUAAAAUUCUCUAAUAGAAAGACUAAUUGUAUGAAAUGGUCUAGAAUUUAAAAUUAUAAGUAAAUACUUUAUAGAAUACUGUUCUAAAAUAAGAAUAAGAGAAGGAUGAUCUGAAUAAUAUUGUUUCUUAAUUAGAAUAUUAAUUUGCUCAGUAAUAAUAAAUUUAAAGAUCUCAUAGAAAUAGCUCUAAAUAAAUUUAAUCAUCUAAUUAAUCUUUUUAGGAUAUUCAAUCCUUUUCUAAUUUUUAAACUCAACAAGUAGUAAUGUUUGUGAAAGGAACUUAAACUGAGAAUAAAUAAUUAUUCUCAAAAGAAAGCUAAACAAUAAAUCAUCAAGAUGAUAAUAUAAUACUUACUAAAUCAAUUAAUAUGCAAUCAUUUCAACUAAAAUAUGAAGAUUUAUAAUCAUAAAAUGAAUAACUUUAAUAAGAAAAUAAAAAAUAUUUAGAUAUGAUUAUUAGAAAAUCAAAAAUUGAAAAAAAUUCAAAUUUAAUCUCUGAAAUCACUUAAAAAUAAUCUGAAAGUCCAAGUAUAAUUGAAAAAAAGAGAUAAAAAACUUUAUCAGAAUUCCAUAUUCUUGUUUAACCUUAAUCAUUUCGACCCUUGACAUUAAAAUAACUAAAAGAUAUAAUUUAGGAUAUUUAUGAGAGCAAAUCUAAACACGAUAUUCGAUAAUAUGAAAAUAAAUUGCCUUUUGAAACUAUUGAAUAACAUAUGUACACAUAUUUAUAUUGUAAAUAUGGAUUAAAAGUAUUUUCAUUUAAUAUAAAUAGAAUUUAGCUUUAGAAUGGGUUGCUUGUAUUAUUAAUGCCAUCUAAAAAUAUAUUGCUGAAGAUAAUGAUGUUAGUGUAUUUGCAUUAGUGCUUAAAAAUAAUUUAGAUGAGGAUUUUCGAUUAUUAUAAUCUUAGCGUAAAUAAAACAUUGAAUAGAUUAUUAAAGUAAUUAUUUAAAUUCAAGUUUAGUCAACUUUGUAAGCUAAAUACAAAACAAAAUCUAAGGCAGAAAUUAUGGAAAUGGUCAAAUAAAAAGUUACAGGAUAGAUAACCUAACAAGAAGUCAUAGAUAUGUUGAAAAUUUGUUUUCCUGAAGAAGAAGAAAAAGAAAUUUUACUUAGUUAAUUAAAGAUUCAUUAAAUUAAAACUGUAGUUAGUGUUAGCCCAAUUAAAAAAACCAAUCAAAAAGAAUAAUAAAGAAGACCUAGUGCUUAAAAAGAACCUAUUAAAUAUGACUAUUCUGUAUUUAUCAAACUUAUACUUGAUCAUUUUAUGAGUCAGUAUAAAUAAUACUUAGCAAAUUUUUGUAUUGUAUUUGAUUAAGUUGAUCAUGAUAAAGAUGGAAUUCUGAAUUAAGUAUUUAAUAAUAUUUAUUAACUUUAGUAAUAAUUUUUUAAGUUAACUGAAAGUAUAAAGCCAAAAUUAAAGAAUGAAGAAUGCUCUCAAAUUUAUGAAAUGUUAGAUCCAUUUUUAAAUAAUAAAAUUACAUUUUCAUAAAUUGUUAGAGUGUUCAAAAAUCUUUAAUUCUACAAUAAAUAUGUUGACCUAAUUUAAUAGAUAUCUAUAGUUUGA